AUGCGGACGCGGCUUCUCUGGGGGGUGGCCCGCUCCCUUUGGUCCCGCGGGACUCUCGACCAGCCCCGCCGGCGCCUGAGCUGCGGAAGUCCGCAGGUGGAGGAGCUGUUCGCCCGCGGCGGGCCGCUGCGGGCCUUCCUGGAGCGCCAGGCAGGGGCUGAAGUCCAGUCCCGAACGAGGACACCGGCGCUGGCUGCGGUGGCCAAACUCCUGAGCGAGAAGGAGCAUGAGCUGCGCGAGACGGAGCACUUGCUGCACGAUGAGAAUGAAGAGUUAAAGAAACUUGCCGAGAAUGAAAUAACUUUGUGUCAAAAAGAAAUAACUGAACUGAAACAUCAGAUUAUCUUACUCUUGGUUCCCUCAGAAGAAACAGAUGAAAAUGAUCUUAUCCUGGAAGUAACUGCAGGAGUCGGGGGUCAGGAGGCAAUGCUGUUCACGGCAGAGGUAUUUGAGAUGUAUCAGCAGUAUGCUGCGUUUAAAAGGUGGCAUUUCGAACCUCUGGAAUAUGUUCCAAGUGAAAUAGGUGGCCUGAGACAUGCAUCUGCGAGCAUUGGUGGUACAGACGCCUAUAAGCACAUGAAAUUUGAAGGAGGCGUGCACAGGGUGCAGCGGGUGCCGAAGACAGAGCGCCAGGGCCGCGUCCACACAAGUACCAUGACCGUAGCGAUACUGCCGCAGCCUACUGAGAUUAACCUGGUGAUUAAUCCUAAAGACCUGAGAAUCGACACGAAGCGAGCCAGCGGAGCUGGAGGCCAGCAUGUAAAUACUACUGACAGUGCAGUCCGCAUCGUUCACCUCCCCACAGGUGUUGUUUCUGAAUGCCAACAAGAGAGAUCACAACUGAAAAACAGAGAGAUGGCUAUGAAAAAGUUACGGGCCAGACUCUACAGCAUGCAGCUCGAAGAAGAAACAAGUAAACGGUACGCGGCAAGGAAGAUUCAGAUUGGAACUAAAGGAAGGUCAGAGAAAAUAAGGACAUACAAUUUUCCACAGAACCGGGUCACAGACCACAGAAUAAACAAGUCAGUGCAUGAUCUUGAAAGCUUCAUGCAAGGAGAGUGUUUACUGGAUUAACUUGUGCAGUCACUGAAGGAAUAUGCCGAUUACGAAUCCUUAGUAGAAGCUAUUUCCAAAAAUGCAUAA